UGAUCAAGCAGGAUAAACACACGUGUGUAAUUGUGGCUCCAGACUACCUAUUUGUCUGAUUUUAUUUCCAAUAUUUUCACUUUACUGAUUGUACAUCAUGGAUAACAAAGAAGGAGAAGAAGAGUCCAAUGUUGCCAAUUUGAGGAAACGACUGUCUCCCGGGAUGAUGAACAGAUUGCCUUCCAAGAAACAGAAACUAAAUAAAGCUGAGCUGUAUAAACCUCCCACUAUGACGGAACUAGCUUCUCUAAAAGAGACAGAAAUUUUGUACAACUCCAGCCUUUUCAAAUUACAGAUGGAUGAACUUCGCUUGGAAGUAGAGUUGAAAGAGAAGAAAAGGAAGAAUUUGCUUCCAAUUCUUCGGUCAAUUGAAGAAACCUUGCGCAAACUUCCACCAGUGACUUUCCCAGAUGCCUCAGAACUUGAUGGCUCCCUUCCCAAGAAUGUUCAUUUACCAAUGCGCUGGAAGAAGACUCAACUCAAAGGAGAAAUCAAGUUAUGCAAGCCAUCAGAAGUUAAGAUCAUCGGUAGCUAUCUCCUUGGAACCUGUCUGAAUGAUCCUCUAACUGUUGACAUGGCCAUCCAGAUACCAAUUGAAUGUCUUCAACCUAAGGAUUAUCUCAACUUUCGUUACCACCACAAGAGGGCACUAUACUGCACAUAUCUUGUGAAGCAUCUCAAGAAGAAAAAGGAUCUUGUCAAGAGUGUGACGUACGGUUCAUUUCAGGGGGAUCAUAUGAGCCCAGUCAUUCUUCUGAAAUUAGUUGGUAAGAAUGUAACAGUGAGACUGAUUCCAUGCCUACCAGAGACUGGAUUCAAAGAGACCAGAUUUACUCCAUCUAAGAACAACAUCCGGCAGCAAUGGUAUCAGAAAAACUGUGAAGAAGAGACAUUCCUUCCCACCCCAUUCUACAAUUGGUCCAUUCUGCGAGAUAUGUCCCUGGAGCGUCACCUACACCACCUGUACAACGCAUCCUAUGAUUUCCCAGCAUUCAAGGAUGCCAUUCUACUACUCAAGGUCUGGCUACACCAGAGAGAGCUAGACAAGACUUACGGUGGCUGCAAUGGUUUCCUUCUCUCCAUGCUGGUUGCUCACCUCUUAGAUAAUGGUCAAAUAAACAAAGUCAUGAGUGGACAUCAGGUCAUCAAGAAUGUAUUCCAUUUCAUCGCCACGACUGACUGGUCAUCUAAGGGUAUCACCAUGUGCAAGAGCAAUCCAUCGCAAACAUUACCCGGGCUUGAAGAAUUCCAUCAGCAUUUCCCUGUUGUCUUUGUAGAUCCGUCGGGAUACCUCAAUCUGUGUGCCAACAUGACUAGAACCACUUAUGAACAUCUCAAACAUGAAGCAAAGUUGGGUCUAGGCUUUCUAGAUGACAAGAGAAUAGAUGGUUUCCAGUGUCUCUUCAUGACUUCAGUUCCUUUCAUCAGGAAAUUUGAUCACCUCUUUACUAUUACCAGGUUGAAGCAGUUGAAAAUCUCUGUGAAGAGAUUUGCUCUUGAGAGUCAGUUAAUGGACAGGGGAGACAACUAUCCCCCCGUGGUGCUACCCAAGAUAGAGGAGAUCCUCAGGCAAGCUCUAGGAGACAGGAUAAAGCUGCUAGCAUCUGGUCUGUCUCUUCCUGCUGAGUGGCCUGUCAAUUCUCCACCCCCUACGAUGGAAGAGCAAGGAUCUUUGACCUUUGGCCUCCUACUCAAUAGUGGUCUAUCAUCUAGCGUCCUUGACAAAGGUCCAGCUGCCAACACGGCCGAGGCUAAGGAAUUCAGUGAUUUCUGGGGCAAGAAGUCAGAAUUACGACGCUUUCAAGAUGGGUCUAUAUGUGAGGCAGUGGUGUGGCCUGGAACAAGUAUUUCUGAGAAGAGACUAGUUUGUAGUCAUAUUGUCAAACACAUUCUGCACCUCCAUGCAGGCAUCAAACCACAAGCAAUCACAUACACUGCGAGCCAACUAGAUGCUAUCCUCCAGCAGCCCUUGCUACACCCCUCUACCGGUGAUGUGGAACCGGCCUCUGGUACAGGGGAGGAGGAACUACUGGAGAUCAGUGCAGCUUACACCAAACUGAGCAGGCAUCUAAGAGAACUCAAGGACCUUCCUCUUAUGAUCAGCUCCGUUCAAGGAACCUCACCGGCUAUUCGACACACGGAGGUCUACCCACCUUGUGCAGGAUGGCCAUCAGACAGACUAAGGACGGCUACAAAAUCGGUACCGGUCAAAAUACCCUCAUAUGACAAACAAUGUCCAACAUGGAUACCAGCUCUCAGAGUGGUUUGCCACUUAGAGAGUAGUGGCAGGUGGCCUGAUGACCUGGAAGCGAUUCAUCACAUCAAAACAGCUUUCCAUCUCAAGAUGGCUGACAUGCUUGGCAAGCAGUGCCAGCUGGUUACCAUGGCAACUGCUAACCAUAUCCUUGUGAUUGUGGACGGGUUUGUGUUCCAGGUAGCAGUGGCUCACAGGAGAGAGAUUGUACUCCUCAAGGAGGUGGUUACUAAGGAAGGACUUAGCAUGCUCAGAGAUAAUGAAAGGUCAAAGUUCAUGGAGAAAGAGACUGAACACCUACCCCAUCUCACCAGUUUACUUCAUGGUGUUCACCAGCAUCACAGUGCCUUCGGUCCGACGGUCCGUCUUGCCAAACGAUGGAUAGCGUCGCAUCUCUUAUCUGAUCACAUGACCUCAGAGUGCAUCGAACUCCUGGUAGCCUACCUCUUCUUGCAUCCAGAACCAUUCACAUCCCCUGUGUCACCACAAACAGGUUUCUUACAUUUCUUGAAUCUUGUUUGUCAGCAUGACUGGCAGACCACACCUCUUAUCAUCAACUUCAACAAUGAUCUCAAAGCUUCAGAUUAUGAAGAGAUUUGUCAACAGUUCACCAAUAAUCGAUCUCAUCUUCCUGUGAUGUUCCUGGCCACACCCACUGAUAGACAGACAUCUUUAUGGACACAAGAUAAACCAACACCAAUGAUUUUCCAAAGACUUGUUGAGCUUGCCCGGGAAUCAUUCAAAGUCUUACAUGAGCAGCUUACUGAGCCAUCCACACCCGAUAUUGAUUUCAAGCAAAUCUUCCGACCUCCGCUUGACCCCUAUGACGUGGUCAUCCAUCUACGAGCCCAGCUUCUUCCCAGGAGGCACCAGGCAGUGGAUUCUGACUCGACAGAAAGUUCAUUCACCCUCAAACCUACCCUUGAUGCCAAGCACAUACCAGUGGUGAACUUUGACCCUGUGCAGUGUUACCUCAAUGAACUUAGAGAAGCCUUUGAGGACGUAGCCUUGUUCUUCCAUGAUACAUACGGAGGUGAUCUCAUUGCGGUAGUAUGGAAUAGACCUGCAUUUAAACCACAACCUUUCAAGCCUCUUCAAGCCCAAGCCAAGAUACCCUCGUCAUCAUCGUCGUCAAAGACGCCCCAAGUCAUCCCCAACAUAGAGGGCAUCCUACAAGAUUUCCAAACCAUGGGACGAGGACUUGUGUCAACCAUCGAGGUCCGCACCGAAAACUGGAACAUUUGAUUACUUCAGUCGCCUUGCAACUCCCCUUGAUUCUUCCUCCUCUUAAUUAAUGUCUUCCUAAUUAUAUAAUAUUGUGUCUUUCCUCAAUCAGUGUUUGUCUGGGGGGAGAGUAUUUAGUGGUUUUAUUCAUGGACAUGUCCUCUUCCCUUAGAGAUCUUAUGAGAUCUAAAGGCUCUGUCACCUGUGUUGCGAUAAACCAUGUGAGAUUGUUGGAUGUGUGUAUAUGAAGCGAAUUGAAAAUGAAGAGGAAAAGUCCAUCCCAAAAUAGUCUAAGUCAUAUUUUUCUGGUUUAU